UUCUCUUUCACCCAAUACCUCCCGUAACUCCUAGUGUCUCCGCCUGUAUCCGGGCCUGUGACCAUAUAGGGCAGUAUUUAUUAUUACAAUAAUCCCUGCUCAGUUUCUCUCCAGGAGACGCCCUAAGUCAGCUAGCUCCGAAGGCAAGACAAGAAAGUUGCGCCGUUGAUUUUUCCUUCAGCGUGACUGAACUCUGUAGAAGGGACUUAGCAGAGGCGAUGGAGUUAUGUUGAAAUACCCUGGAAGCUACCUGAAUCUUUCCCCUUCUGCACAGGACGGUGCAAUUUGAGCUUGAAGGAAGGUGGAGCCGUUGAUAAAUGUCUCAGUCACCUUCGGAGAUGGACGCUGAAUUGUUUGUUGAGGAUUAAAUUAAAUGGCCACUGCUGCUGGAGGCUCCCAGCAAAGAAACAGGGCUCACUGUGGCUUCUUGGGCAAGUGAUUUCACCUUUCUGAGGCUCAGUUUCCCCAACUAUUACACGCGAAUAAUACUUGCACUACUUACCUCAUAGGGUUAUUGUGAGGAAAACUAUACAAAUGUGAGUUAUUACUGUUGUCGUUUUUCUUCCUCUCUUGAUAUUUGUCUCCCAAUUAAAAUGCGUUUUAGCUACGAGAGGAUUAAUGGAGAAGGUGGUGGGGUAGGUUUUUUUUUUUUUCCAAUAGUCUCUCUGUCAUUUCUCUUUGUGAUGCCAUAAUAUAAUAGAUAAUAUCCAAGCAUAUACUUUAUGUGACCAUGUUGUUAUAUAAUUAUACAUUAUAAAUAUCAUAAUAUAAUAGUUAAUAUUAUGAUACUUAUUUGUUCAAAACUGUGAUUUUUCACUGGGUGCUUCCAUUGAGUGAACUCCUGUCACUAGAGAUGUGGCAACUCCUCUACAAUUUAUAGUAUUAGGAAGUUGUCAGGGUAUCAUUGAGAAGUUAAGUGAUUUCUCUAGCAAAUCACAGCUAUCACAUCUUAGAGGCCAGAUUGAAUCCCGAAAGAGAUUCAUCUCUCCACCCACUAAGCCAUACUCUUUUUUUCCUAAUGCUUAUAUAAUAAUAAUGAUGUUGGUUGUGGUAACAUCUCAUAUCUCUAUAAUAAAAGGACCCAAAUAUGAAUUUCCUCAUUUCUUAGAGGAAAAAACUGAGGAUCAUAAAAUUGAAAUGAUUCGACUUUGAGCCCUGAUUUUAAUUUGAUCUAAGAUUAUGUGAAACUGGGCUCCAUUUAGGCUGUGGAUAUCCAAGAACACUUUCACAGGAAUAAAGUCAAGUCAGCAAGACUGAGGAGGAAAUUGCUGGAUGGUGAAACUGGGUCUGGGACAUUCUGAAAGGACCCUUCCACAUAAAGUGGAUUUUCAGAGCUGAAGACAAAUUGGUUUGGACUGCUACAGAGUUCUGGGGAGGGGUACUGCAUUUUAAGAUACCCAAUAGAACUGCUAUCAAGGCAACGUCUUAUGGGCUGUUUCAGGUCUACCAGGGCUCCUUGAUUCAGAAUAAAAGCCCUUGCUGGUCCUUACCUCUUGGGCAAAACCACCAAGCAACUGGUGAAAAGAUCUCUGUCUGGAUAACUUGGCUGGAAUCGUGAUUUGGUUCCUGGUGAUAGAUUUUUCUCUGAAGCUUAGUUUCCCUAUUUAUGAAACAUAGGAGUUGUACUAGAAUCUGUCCCAUAGAUUAGUCCUAAUUUCCUUUCUAUCUUUAAAUGCCCUGAUCUGAGGAUCACCACGAUCACCCUCUACCAAGAUGCACUCAGCUUCUUCCCUGCCUUGACUCUACUCCUCCCCUUCACCCUGGGAUCCCCUCUCGUUUUACUGAGCACAGCAGUAAUUAAAUUUUCCUAUGAUGUUUAAACUGAUCUGAGUCGCUGGAAUAGCGGAUCAUAAAUAGUUAGGUGUUGCUCUUUGCAUCUACCCCUUUUGCCUCCAGGGAGUGGAGGAGUGCUGGCGAGGGAGGGGGCGGACACCUCUUGAAUAGCAGGCAUUCCGGACCUUUGAUUCAAACCGUGACACCGGCAAAUUAAAAAAUAGAGAGGGAACAUUUAUACCCCCCAAAAAGGGGGGAAAAAAACUCACGCAAGCAUCCCAAAUGUUUAAUGUAAUCACCGGCCAGCUGUGUGCACUUGUAAAGUUGUUAUAAUCCCCCUCCUUGUUAUAAACAGGAAAGGACAGAAUAUAAAGCAACAGGCCUGCAUUCACAAAUACCAGCUUUCCCCCUGAAGCCUGCCAAGUCCCCCUUUUAUGGUACUCCUCGCUUGCAACCUCAGCUUUGCCAAAGACCCCAUUUUUGCUCUCCCACUUCCAAUAGAGGAUCGAUCAAACUUUUCAGCUCGCGAUUCCCUGAUCAUCGCGGACCACCUCCACCUUUCCAGAGCCCCAGAGAGCAACAUUAUUUUAACUCAUCUUCUAAACUGGCCAUUGAGGCUUCGCCAAUUUCUCCAACCCGGCUUCAGCCGUAGGUUCACUCGAUCUGAUUGCCCCUGGACUUAGUUAUCCGGGAUUGAAUUUAUUUACACUGAGAUGCGACAAAUGUCUGAAAAAGUGUGUAAAGCCUGGGAGUUCUAUCGUACCCACAUUCCAAUAUCACCUCCUCUGUCAAUUACCCGGCACCUCAAAAAUCAAACUCCAUUUCCUUUCCACUUCCCAAAAUUCGUGAUUUUUUUUUUUCUUUCCUUCUCUCCCUUUCCCGUCCCGCCGGGUCCCAUUAAAAAACAUCUUCUAAAGUCUUUGAGAGCUUUUUAUAAGGAUCAUUCAUCUUCUCAUAAAAUAGAGAGAAAAAGGAGAUUCUCUGUCCUUGGAGUGGGGAUGGGCCACGAGAGCUCCCUCCCAGCCUGCCCUGGUCGUGGUCCGCUUCUCUCUUGAUUAAUCUUUUCGCCCCCACCUUCUUUCUCUCUGUCUCUGGCCUGCUCGGACCCCGCGCCGAGCCGUAGCAGUUAACAUCCUGCUUUGCUGAGUUGUGUGUGCUUACAGCGUCAAGGGGUGGACGUGAUAUUUCAAACAUCAGAUCAGUGCGUUUAUAUAUUGGGUGCCCGGAAAUUUUUCCAAAUAAACACAGCUUGAUUCAACUUGGGUGGGCAGACUUAUCAACAGACUAAUUCUAUAAACAAAUGAAGAAAUAACCCAGAAAACGAUUGGCUGGUAUCAAAAAGACACGUGGAGAAAAGCUUGGAGUUUUUCAGCAAUGAAAUUUUAAUUAAUGUGGGUGGGCUGAGAACACAACGAUUGUUUAUCAUAGACAAUUUAUUUUCCAGUGCUAAGUCAACAUAUAAUAGCAAACUUACAACAAUUAUUUAACAUUUUUAAAGGCAUGAAGAAGGGACACAGCGAGAGCUGGCUGGGGAAAGAGGCAGAGCCGGAGGGAGCUAGAGCUGCAGGCUCUCGGCUGGGUCUCUCGGGCUUGGGGAACCUCUCCCUGGCUCACCCUCGCCUUCUCUUUGCGGGACAGCCCGGAGCUCUCUUAGCCUCGCCAUGACCCAUCUCUACAAUCACCACCUACCUCCUCUGGUCAGCCCCUCGGUGUUGUACGUGUACGGCCCGGAGCGUCCCGGCCUGCCCCUGGGCUUUUCUCCUCCCGCUACCUUGGUUGGAGCGGGUCGGGCCGAGCCCCCCCAGAAGCCUCCCUACAGCUACAUCGCCCUCAUCGCCAUGGCCAUCAAGGACGCCCCAGAGCAGAGGGUCACGCUCAACGGCAUCUACCAGUUCAUCAUGGACCGCUUCCCGUUCUAUCACGACAACAAGCAGGGCUGGCAGAACAGCAUCCGCCACAACUUGUCUCUCAAUGACUGUUUUGUCAAGGUGCCCCGGGAGAAGGGCCGUCCGGGCAAAGGCAGCUACUGGACCCUGGACCCCCGCUGCCUGGACAUGUUUGAGCACGGCAACUAUAGACGCCGGAAGAGGAAGCCCAAGCCCGGCCCAGGGGUCCAGGAGGCCAAGAGAGGCAAAGGGGACACGGAGGAGGCUGGAGGCCAGGUGGGCCGGAGAGUCAGGCUGGAGGAAAGGGAAGACAGUUCUGAAGGCAGCCGGGGAGGAGGGGAGGGAAGGGGAGAAGGAACAAGCAUUGAAGGAGAUGGAAGAGGGGGAGGAAGGAGUCUAGAAAGAGGAGAAUAUGGAAGGAGUGAAGCAGGAGGAGGGGGAGGAAGGAGAGAAGGAGGUGAAGAAAGAGAAGGAAGUAGUGAGGGAGCUUCCCAGGGGCACGCUGCCUCGGCCCCCACUCACCCCUCCACUAGAUGCUCUUCCCCCCUCUGCUGGUCCAGCCCUGGCCUCCUUUCCUUGGCGUCGGAGGACACCGCCCAGGACAGUCUUCAGAGAGAUGCUAUCUCAGACCAGGCAACCGGACAGCCAGUUGAGAGCAUAGCUACUUUGGGGUCUUCUCCGCUCCCUGGCCCUCGAGACACGGACCCGGAAGACCCAGCCCUUCCCAAAAUCACCGAGAAGCCCAAGAGCUUCAGCAUAGACAGUAUCCUGGCCCGGGCACAGAGCCAGAAGCCAGUCAGAAGGGAAGAGUCGGCCGGGGAAGCCAAAUAUCCCGGGGAGUUGCUACCCGGGGGAUGUUUCAGCUCUACCCUUUUUACUAGCUCUCCUGGUCUUUGCCCGACUUUCAGUGGCUCUCUGAUGCUGGAUUCUCACGUUCAAGGGCGACUUUACCAGUUGGGGAUCCCUCUUCUGUCAUAUUUCCCCCUCCAGCUCUCUGAUACGGUAUUUAAUUUCCAGUAAUAGGAACAGAGGCGGGAUUUUUUUUUUUUCUCCUUCUGUCUCUCCAAAGCCUGGAAUCUGUCCCUUGCAAGGGACGCCAGCGACUGACCACGACCAAAGCGGGUGAAAAGCAUAUUAUUUUAACUUUGCUUGUUUAUUUGUUUGAAAGACAUUUGCCAACCUGUCUGUUCAGGAAAUUUUCAGCGAAUCCCAAGUGGAGAUGUGAACAGCUCAAAAAAUUCUCCUAUUCUGGGCUGGCUGGUUUAUCUUUUGUAAUCCGAAUCUCGGUUCUUUGCACCCUUCCUCCCCUUUCUGUUCACGUUUUGAAUGUUUUUAAACCCGAUUCCAAGAGGCUGAUGUUUGUUCUCCCUUCCUCUCUCUCCCCCCCAUACCCCUGAAAGUUUUAUUAUAGGCUACCGAGAGACAGCACGCACACCCAAGACCAAAUAAGUCUAUCUCAAAGCUACAGUUUAGAUCCCGAAUAAUCCCACUCCCUGGCCUCUCUCCACUACCACUACCACCCCUUUGCCCUGGCUUCCUGACUACUUAGGUAUGAUAGAGUAUAAAACAGACGGCAGUUGUAACACACAUGGAUUAGGGAGGCAAGGCAACUUCAAGUUCAACUGUAGCUUCCCUCUGGCCUAGGGGAUUUAGAGCUGUUUGUAGAACAGGUCAGUUGGGCUGACUUUCGUGGGGAGUGUACCAGGCUGAAAGUGUCACUCACUGAAUCAGGUCCCGGAGAAAACUCCGAUUGUUUGGAGCCGUUUUACGAGAGAGACGUUAAGGUGGAAGUUGUCUUACCAAUUGGACAACAACCAAGAUCAGUCACAAUUUUAUAGGGCUGUUUCGUUUUGUUUUUUUUUUUUUUCUCCAGAUAGACGGUUCAAGCAACAUGUUUUAUUUCUGCUAUAAAUAGUGGACUUUUUUUUUUUAAAAAAAUAAUCGUAACCGACCUUUGAAAACAUCUAUAUUAGCAAUCUUCACUAUGAAUGUACACUCUAGCCAAUAAAAUGUUUUGUCCAUUUAUGCAAUUCAUUGUUGAAUACCCAUUUUGUUAUUUUUGCAACUGGAAGUAGCCAUUUAAUGAACUGCUAUUUUUGUUUAGCUUUUAAAGAAACAAAACAUUUCAAGGGGCUCCCAAAGAGGGGGUGGGGAAGAUGAC